AUGCGAAACCUCACUGAUAGAGAGCGCCGUACAAUAAUUGAUGAGCUUCUAACGCGUCUGAAAGGUGGUAAAUUGGUGCUCGGGGCACUGACAGAGGUUGCUCGGAAAUUUAGCUGUGAUCGGUCCUCUGUGAGCAGGCUGUGGACCCAGUACCAAUCUAUAUGUACUAACGGUAUCAGUGGAGGCGAAUGGCGCAGCAGGAUAAAAACAAACUCAGGUGCAAAGCAGAUAGACCGCGACAAAGUUGAUCAGAAGCUCUCCCAGGUUCCUGCUGAACAGCGUAUUGUCAUGCGACGAACAGCAGUCGCAGCUGCGCUUACGCGCUACCCGGUGUCUGCUAUGCUAAAGGAGGGCCGCUUACAUCACCGCUCCACGCGUAUUAAGCCGGCUCUAACGACCGAAAACAAGCACAUGAGGGUGGAGCAUGUGCUGAGCUAUAUAGAUGAUGCAACACACAAUUUCGAGCCCAUGGAGAACGUGAUACACAUCGACGAGAAGUGGUUUAAUCAAGACAAGAACACACGCACGUACAUGCUUCUUUAA